GAUGCGAUUUCCUUUUCUGUUCGGACGCCAUCAAGGUAGAAGUGCAUCGUUCUCCUCCGGGAGCUAAGGCUAAUCCAGCAGCGUGCACUAAAAAUAUCUGCCAUCAACACCAUUUGACAAGUCCAUUAAGUAAUCAUGCCUUCCAACGAUGAGCUUGCUUGCGUGUACGGCGCCCUGAUUCUCCAAGACGAUGAGAUCGCCGUCACCGCUGAGAAGAUCAGCACCAUCCUGAAGGCUGCAGGCGUCGAUGUCGAGCCGUACUGGCCAGGCCUCUUUGCAAAAGCGCUGGAAGGUCUGGACCUGAAGGGCCUCAUCUCCAACGUUGGCUCUGGUGUGGGCUCUGGACCAGCCGCGGCCGCGGCACCAGUGGCAGCAGCGGCUGCCCCUGCAGCAGGUGGUGGCAAGGCCGAGGCCAAGAAGGAGGAGAAGAAGGAGGAGUCUGAAGAGGAGGAUGACGACAUGGGAUUCGGUCUCUUUGACUGAAGAGGCAGAUCCUGUGGAACUGUUGCGCAGCCUGUGAAUAAAGCUCAGAUUUACCAGUA